UCAGUUCACAUGCGACCGUCAAUCGAAACGGAAGGUUUUAAUCGGAACUCCUCUCGUGGUCACGUCCCGUCCCCUCGCGGUCGGUUAUUUUUUCUCUAAUAAAUGGGGGAACAAUUAGGCCUGGACAUAGCACUGGUUGAAGUAAGUCCCCCCGGGAGGGGUGUUUAAAGGCUCAAUCAAUCAGGUGCGAUCUUGUUGUGUGUGUGUGUAAUUUGGGACCGUCGUCGGAAGCGGUGUCCUCUUGUUGUUUCCGAACAGAACAGAGGAAGUAGAGAGAGAGCAAGGAUAAUUUAUAAGGUAUGUGUCGUGUCGCGGAGAGAAGUGGGCCGUUUGGGGGGCGGUCGGUAGAGAAAUAGUGCAAUGGGGAGGAAAAAAUGUGUACAUAGGCAAUGUUUUGAUACUUUCCACGGUUCGAGGAGCGAUCGAUACGUCGGCGAAUAGUUUGUUACGAUGGCAUCGGCAGCAGCGGCGGCGGUGUGCAGAACGACCGGACAUCGACGGGUUGUUGCCGCGUUUCCUUCGGGUCGAUUGUUAUGGUAUUAAAGAGUGGUCUCGACGCACAGAGUGUGGGUCAAAUAAUUCAGCAAUCGCUUCAUUACUUUUUUUUCGGGCGUCGUGGCGGGAGCGCGUGUUGUGCUGCCUGAAUUUGUGUGCCAAUCGUAAUGAUACCAAAAUUUGUGAGUGCGGACAGCGAGUGGGUUUGCUCGGGGAGCGGUGGUAACUGCCGGGUUGACCACAAUCGCAGAAGAGUGGUGAGACUUGACGAGAAGAAGGAGAAGCGGAGGGUUAUUCGCUAUUAAUAGAAUCCCAUAGUGGAUGAUGGUGGGACCAAGAAAUGCGAGAUUUUGCCCAAAUUCUUCGGCCAAGUUUUUGACAAUAAAAGCGAAGAGGAGAAUGGCAAUUUAUGACGUAUUCGAGUAUGCUCUGCGAGGAAAGAGGAUAAUAUGAAAGAAGAAUCCUUCCGUAGCGCGUAGGAAUCCUAUUGCGUGUGGGGGGUGUAGUGCUCUGGAAGAUUUGCGAUAACCACUUGUUGUGUUUAGUUGCGGUCGUUGAGGAUGGUGUGCUCUCCAGUGGAACGAAAGUGAAUCUGUUCUCCCGGUCCAUUUCCCGGAUCGGCGGUGCGUGCCGUCACUGCCAAGGACAGGCGAUCCGUCGAUAGCGAAGAGGGAUUUGAUGUGUGUCUUUCGUGAAGGUCGGCACGGAACCGAUCAAUGGGCAAAAACAGUAUUCCUCACACAGAGAGAAGAAGAAAAAAAAACAAACCGAAAAAUAAGCAAGAGAAAGCAGUGCGAGAAAAGUGUGUGACCCCCGCGAAAAAGGUGAAUUUUUUUCCGACGAAUUAAUUUCAAUCAGAUCUGAUAUUAUUAUAGGCAAUGGUGGAGUUUCAUCGCUCGAUGACGAUGACGACGACGACGACGACUCGAAUGUCGACCCGGGGGCGACAGAAAGAGAGUGUAAAGUUUCAAUCCAGUCCAGAGAAAAAAAGUGGCACAAAAAGGGUGAAAAUUAAUUAGAUCCGUGCUUAAAGUCUUGCUAGUUAGCUGGUUUUUUGUUUAGUUGUUCGUAUUUUUUUUUCGCGUUCUUUUCGUUCGAUUUUUUCCCCUCAUUGUGCGUUCACGUAAUUGUUAUAUGCUGUGUAAUCAAAAUCGAGACGUGAACUCUAGUGGAUAAUUACAAUCGAAACAAAGCGCGCUUGUGUGUGUGUGUGUGGAAGAAGAUAUUUGCUCAACCCCUCAAAAAAAAAAAAAAGAAAGAAACACAAUUACAACGAAAUACGUAAUUCGGCGGCUGUGUCGAUCGAUGAGGAUCCGGUGGAAGGCUACCUGAAGAUGCUCUGGAAUCACCGCUCGCUAAAGUUAUGGUGAUGCAGAUGAUAUUUGUUUUGUACCAAGGACAGCCUUCAUUACGACGAAGCCGAUCAACAGCCACAAACGGAUUGAACCAAGUCAUCUACAGAAACCGAAUCAGCAGUCUCCGAAGAACAAGCCCCGCCAGGCUUGAGUCAUGGGUAAUCACGGUUGGCGGCCACGUUGGUGUUCACUUAGAGCAGCGAGCGUAUCACAGCAGCAGGACUUGUCCAAGCGACCGCCGGUGUAGCCACAUCAGACCACCACCUACACGACCAUCAUCUUCAUCGUCGCAUUCGUCGCAUCCGUCUCCGUCACCACGUCCAGAGCCCCCGGCGCCGCGCGUGUUGCGGCGCGCCGAACGGCGAGGGGGAAGCGAUAGUGAUCCGCACCGAUUCCUCUCGACACUAUGCACCGCCUGCGGAACACCUUCACAAGGUCACGGACCCCGACAGGAGCGGAGAUGAAAACCCAGAGCAGUCUCGAAGUGCCCAAGCAGGUACGCUCAGCAUCGUUUGACGAAAUCCAGCUCGAAGCCCAGCGCUCGCACCAGUUUCUCAAGGUACACCAGAGCUCGACGGACGAGCCCCCGUCGGCGGGUUCGCUGCUGCAGGUUCCCCAAGCCAGUGGGCAGCGGUCGCGUAGCUUCGACCUAACCGGCGCUGGGGAAGACUCCCAGGCGGCCGUAGCCGCCGCCUUUCUUGACGUGCCAAAGCGCUUUCAGCGGCGCAAGUCUAGCUCGAAAACCCCGCCACCGUGUAUCCACUGUCUCUAUCUGGAAGAAUACCGCAGGCUUGUCGGGGUCGACCAGCGCCAGUAUUACGACAACAGCGAGUACCAAGCGCUUAGCUACACGUCUUCGUCCUCAUCCAGCAGUAGCGGCGAGGAAGACAACGAGGACGAAAACGGUGACGACGACGACGAUUACGAGGGGUUCAGCUUCGCCAUAGGAUGCAACACUUUGCUGCCACCGCCCAUUGUGUCCCCCUGUGGGAUCACCUUCACCCUCUCCCCAACCAACGCAGAUGACCCGGAAGACUACGGGGAUGUGAUAGCACCACCGGAGGUGGAUUGCAUCGGUCCCGUUCUGCCACCUCCUCCCAUGUUCGACACCAACUACCCGCCUCUUCAAUCACUCACCUUCGGUUCGCCACCGAUCACCCCAUCCGGACACGUGUUCCCUCCGUCCCCAACGAUCGAGGUGCCUCCCUGUACGCCCCUGGUAGACGACUCGGGCUGUCCGGGUGGUCCACCGACGCGUACCCGCCGGCGCUCCAUCUCCCGUCAGGAAGCAAUAUUUGUUGAACCUACCGGUAAUUCACUGGAGAACGUCUCCUCCACCGAAUGCCACCCCCAGGAUAUCAACAUCAUCGUACCGCUCGCCGUCGAUGACAACAGCGAUGGCUCCACCACCGAACUGCUCGUCGAUGACAACGAACAAAACUCACCACCGCCAACGGUGGUCGCAUCGAAGCUGGUGCCGGCGGACUUUGUGCGCGACAUCUACCUCCAGGUGCCGGAUCUGAAGCGGGACCGGGCCGCCUCGGUGGACUCGUGCUUCACGAAGGUGACCGGUGCCAAGACCGAGGAGCUGAAGCCUCCGGAUGGCGAGCUGACGCUGCUAGCGGUGCCCAGCAGUGGAGCGAUACGGUCCCGGUCGGUGGACAUCGUGCUGCCGACCGAGGAGCAGGCACGCUACAAGGCACUCGCGCUAGCCGGAACGGCUGCCGGGGCGGUCAGUCUCGGCAACAAAGGAAAAACCAGUGGCGAUACCCACGGGCGACAGAUCCGCUGCACACCGGACUGGAGCGAGGAUGCCGUCUCCGGGGAUCAUCUCUGGGUCUCAACGUCGGUGUCCGGCGACUGCUGCUACCUGGGCGACAAUGACUGCACGAAGCAUGGUCCCCGGAUGAAAUGCGCCGCGUGCAAGAUUAUCGCCCACGCGAGCUGCAUCUCGGCGCUGAUGGAGCGGACCCAGCUGCAGUGCAAGCCAACCUUCCGGGAUGUCGGAGUGCGCCAGUAUCGCGAGCAGACCAAGACGACCCACCACUGGAUCCAUCGGCGAACGGAGAAGGGCAAGUGCAAGCAGUGCGGAAAGCAUAAAUUGAAGCAGCAAUCUUCCAAAUACUCCCGAAUAAAACAAACGCUAAAGCAAUCGGACAAUUACUACAUUAAGUCACUGCAAGCGAAGCUCUCGUUUAGCUCUAAGGAAAUUGUUGCUUUAUCAUGUGCCUGGUGUAAAUCAUCAUAUCAUAACAAGGAAGCAUGCUUCAACCCGGAACGGAUCGACGAGGAGUGCACGCUAGGUGCCCACAGUAACAUCAUCGUACCGCCCUCGUGGAUCGUGAAGCUGCCCCGCAAGGGCAGCUUCAAGUCCUCGCUGCGAAAGACCCCCCAGAAGAAGAAGAAGGCCAGCAAGAAGGCGUCGGCCCCCAAGGAGCCCCGAACGUUCGUGGUGAAACCCAUCCCGACGGCGAACAUCACGCCGGUGCUGGUGUUUAUCAAUCCGAAAUCGGGCGGAAAUCAGGGUGCAAAACUGCUCCAGAAGUUCCAGUGGCUACUCAACCCCCGCCAGGUGUUCGAUUUGACCCAAGGUGGACCGAAAAUGGGAUUGGAGUUGUUUCGGAAAGUGCCUCAGCUGCGAGUGCUCGCUUGCGGUGGUGACGGUACCGUCGGCUGGGUCCUCUCCGUGCUGGAUCAGAUCAACUUUAUACCUCCACCGGCGGUUGGGGUGCUUCCGCUCGGCACCGGCAACGAUUUGGCCCGCGCCCUCGGAUGGGGUGGCGGUUACACGGACGAACCGAUUUGCAAAAUUCUGGGCAACAUCGGUAACUCCGAUACGGUGCUGCUGGAUCGGUGGAACCUGAAGGUGGAACCAAAUCCGGAUGUGACAAACGCUGACGAAGGCAAAGACAAUCUACCGCUGAGUGUGGUCAACAAUUACUUCUCGUUUGGGGUUGAUGCCCAUAUUGCGCUGGAGUUUCACGAAGCGAGAGAGGCCCACCCGGAGAAGUUCAACUCGCGGCUCCGGAACAAGAUGUUCUACGGCCAGGCCGGUGGGAAGGAUCUGCUGAAGCGCAAAUGGAAGGGUUUGGCUGAGUUCGUAACGCUCGAAUGUGACGGUAAAGAUCUGACGCAGAAGCUGAAGGAGCACAAGGUGCACGCAAUAGUAUUUCUCAACAUUCCAAGCUACGGUGGCGGGACCCAUCCGUGGAACAAAUCCGCCGGUCAGCACGAGCCGUCUACUGACGACGGACUGAUCGAGGUGGUCGGUUUGACCACGUACCAGUUGCCGCUGCUGCAGGCCGGUGGCCACGGCACCUGCAUCGCCCAGUGUAAAACCGCUAAAGUGGUCACCUUCAAGACGAUCCCAAUGCAGGUGGAUGGCGAGGCGUGCAAGCUGAAGCCAUCCAUCAUCGAACUGUCCCUGCUGAACAAGGCUGUGAUGCUGGCGAAGCGUAAGCCCGGUCGGGCAAACGUGCCACAAGAAAAACUAGAAUCUCUGAAUAUCCCUCUCAUGAAGAUCAUGAUGUCCGAUUACGAGCAGAAUCACUACGAUAAGGAUUUGUUGCGACAGUCGGCGGUCAAUUUGGGCACGCUGGAUGUGCCCGUCACCGAUCUGGAGCAGGUUCGAGUUAUUGUCAACAAGUACUGCGAGGAACUGCCGGACAGUCCGAGACUUUCGUCGGACUGGUGCUUCAUAGACUCAUGCACGGCGGAACGAUUCUUCCGGGUGGACCGGGCGCAGGAGAAUCUCCACUUCAUCACCGACAUCGUGACCGACUGUAUCUUCGUGCUGGAUCAAGAAUUUCCCACGCUGCCCCAGACGCCGGAGGAUGAAAGCAGUGGCGGCGGAGGAGGGGGGCAUCACGGUGGAUCGGCGAUACCCUCCCAUCUGAGCAGUCUUGAGUCGAGCGACCGAGAUUCCCGUGAUGGAACGCCCCAAUCGCCUGGCGUGAAAUUCCUCAACAGGUCCCUGUCGGGACCGGGAUCAGGCACGCUAUCGCCCGCCCUUGAUAUUCCGUCGAGAAAAAGUUCCCAAGGUUCGCAGGGUUCGCAUGGAUCCCACGAGAGCCCCAAGAAUCUUCGUUCCGGUGGCAGCGGUGGGGCUCUCGGCAAUGGCCAGAGCCUGGACCAAUUAGUUAAUUUCAAAAGCUUCCACGAGCGGUUAUUCGGCUUGAACGAAGAUGCCUUCGGAUUCAGCAAUCUGUUGGAGAAGACAACCGAUGCGGUGAUUAAAGCGGCCAAAACCGGCGAUUUGGUGAUGCUAAAAGACCUCCACAUGCAGGGAUACUCGCUGCUGUCGAUCGACUCGAGCGGUCAAACGGCACUUCAUCAUGCGGCGCGCUGUGGCCACAAGGACAUCGUGCGCUACCUGAUCUCCUACGCGCCCAACUCCAUCGUCAACAUGAUCGACAACGAAACCGGCCAAACGGCCCUCCACAAGGCGGCGAACUGCGGGCGGCGCAGCAUCUGCUACAUGCUGGUGGCGGCCGGCGCCAUCCUGUCCAUCCAGGACAACAACGGUCGAACGGCGCGAAUGCAGGCGAUCGACGCCGAGGAUCGGGAGCUGGCGGCGUAUUUGGAAAAUCAGGAACAGUUUCAGCUCGUCGAAGGUCAGCAGCAGGGAUGUGCGUGAGACCGUGUGAAUUCGUCGUCUUUCGGAAGUCGCCGUCAAUGUUCCUUCUCUUAGCGUGACGGCAGUCAAGAAACAUCGAAUGUGUAUCCAGUAGUGGGGAGGGGGAUGGGAGCGGGCGCGUGGGAGCCCCCAAAAGCUCUGGUGAUGAUUGUUCAUUGUUAUUUAUUAUUAUAUUUCUAGUAUUAGCGCGUUAGUGAGGUUUAAGGCAUUAAUUUCGCCGCUUUGGUUUCGCUCAUCAUACAUCACAGACUUUGUUCACGGUCCAUGUUUUGUGCGUAAAUUAUGCGUCCCAUCCGUCGUCGUCGUCCAAGAGCAAGAAGUCAGAAGAAUGAAGCGCUAAUGAGAGAUAGACAACCAAAGCAGCAGGGAACACAAAUUAUGAUUCAUGGUCGCGCGCGAGACGCGAUUCAAUCAAGGGCGAAAUCUCUAGUCAAAGUAUACAAAGUAAACUAAAACAAAUGGGUUACACAUUAAUCAGGGUACGGAAGGCUUCGUCCUGGGGACGAAGAAAUCGGAGAGAGACUGAUUCGAUCACUUUCGGGCGGCGGGAAAGUGACUGCGCAUAUUUUGGAGUCUCAGCAGAAUCUCAGCACCAAAAGCGGAAGAGACGAGGCAAACAAACGAUUACAGAUUAAUCACAAUGAUAAUAUGUUUUGGCGAAACAAGCAAAAUCGGUGGAGGCGUGAAUGGAUCGUGUGCGAGUCGUGUUCAGUCUGGUUAGCUGUUCGGCUUCCGUGGCGCAGGGGAGGCAGACGUUUUGAUAUAUUUAUCCAUUAUGGUUUCGAUCGAAAUGAUUAGUACUGUGGUGGGUGGAAUGUAACGUCAUUCUGUUCCGACGACGUUUCAACAUAUCAAGCUAAUUUCGGGAGGGAGAUUUUCUUACAUUUGUCCCUUUUUGUUUUUCAAAAACGCGUAGGGAUAGUAAAGUUUAGAUAGCUCUUUGAAAAUUUAAAUCAAAUAGUGUUAAGAGACACUCACACCGGUAGUAGGUUAGCAGUUGUAUUUUGGCAAAUUUAAACUAAAUGGAACUAAGACAGAGACCAUCAAGCAAAAAAAGCGAAUGGUCAUUAUCGCUAUGGGUGAUUGGAGAAUAAUUACUAGAAAUAAGUAAGGUUAGAACUUUAUUCCGGCGUGAAACGAGGGUCAAAACUAGCAGCAGAAGCGAGCAUCGAAAACAUAAAUAAUAGAAAAUACCAAAACUUCCUAAGCGCUAAAUUGGAGGCUCAUCUCAUACUAAUGAAAUGGAAAAACCCCGCUCGGUUGAGUAAUUAGGCAUAAUCGCGGCAUGCCCAUGGGCUCUCACCAUGGCCUAGACGUUCCUGUGAGUGUGUAUGUGUGUGCGUGGGUGUGCGUCGUGUGUGUUUGUGCGAUCGGUUUGAUAUGGUAGUAGAGCGAUUCCAGUUGAAUUCGAAGGUCGAGUUUUUUUUUAUGAUUUUGCUCAAAUUUUACAGACGCAUUCUUUAUCACCAGAGACGAAUGAACUCUCAGAGUUUAAAGUCUCUUUAAUUCAAUACCGUUACCGUUUAUCACCAAAAACGACAAUUUGUAUCAUCGGUUUGCCAUUUUGACUCUUGCAUUGCUUGUGAGGGCCUAAGCAAAGUUUGUUUGAAAAUUUUCAAGAAAUAGGACUCAGAAAUGGUUGCUUCAAAUCGUUUGGUGUCUCUCACGUAAUGUUUUAGGUUAUUAUUGGGGUUAUAUGGAGAAAGUAAGCACUGUUAAAACAACGUUUUAUCUUUAUUUUAUUUCAUCAUUUACACUUAAAACUAUUUUUUUUUUCAAAAAAGGAGUUAUGUUGCAGCGAACAUCCAGAGUGACCGCGAAUUUCGGUUUCCCCAACACAGACUUCAAAACCAAUGUGCCUGGGGAAAUCGGCGUAGCAAAUACACGUAAGCCCGGGGCACUUCUGUUCCCAAUGCAUAUGUACAUACCGGAAUUAAUGUGUUUCUCUAACACGGACUUCAAAACCACUGUGUUUGGAUGAAUCGGCCUUGCAAACACAUGCAAGCUGUGGGUACUUUCGAAGGCAGUGACUGUUCACAACAUUCACUCGAAAUUUACAGUAUCAUCAAACUCUAAGCCUCAUGAAAUUGCGAGCAAAAUGUUAGAGCGUUAUGUAAAGCAUCCUAAGUUUUAUUGGUCUCCAAACAUUAGUUCUAUUUCCGGCUUUUGUUCAUUGGGAAUUUGAUGCAACUUCGGAUUCCUGUUUCAAGAAAAACAAAUAAAAGUAGUAAGUUUCAUUGGAGUUUAAUCAAUACAGAUGAUUUUGACACAUAAACUCCGAAGAAUUCCAAUGCAUUCGAUGAUGCUAGUUCCAUAUCUUGUAAUUCAUACAAAAUGUAUAUUAUUUCACUGUUUUCUCUCGUCUUCCUGUUCCUCCUCUGUGUUCCUAUCAUCCACGGUUUCUAUAUUCUCGUGCUAGUCUUCGACCUCUUCCACAAUAGUACUAGUAGUGUAUUUCUGGUUGUAACUCCGGACCUUCGUUUACUUCUCUAGGGUUUUGUCUUUCUGCGGUGGGUGUUUUCCCGUGAGUUCGCUUGCUUGCAAUAGUCAGCUCCAAGGAUCGCUUGAUUGUGACAGCAUUUUUCAGAACUAAUAAAGUGUUUGGUUUCGCAGCUUACAUUCCUAUAUCCGAGAGUUCAGAUUUGCUCAAACUUUGGUCAUGAUAUUCGGUGAUUCUUCAAUUCAUAAUCACGUCAUAAUCGAUAACACGAGUUAGCCAAGGUAUAUUUGUUGCCAGGUGAAUCAGUGCCAGAAUUACGUCACAAUACUGAACCAUAUUUUACCAUUUUAUGACGUGUUCUGCUAAUCUGGGUGAAUAGAAAUCUUCAUUCCUACUGAUAAUAAGAAAAGUUGUGAAAGACAAAUUUUGUCCUAAUUGCAUAUUUGGCUUAUAUAAUAAAUGGGGUUCAACAUUUUGAAAUACAUUUGCUAUAAAUUAUUGGAAGUAUCGGUAAGUUUCUUUUUUUUUCAAAAAAUAAUGCUUUAUUCUGCAAAAAUGGUUGCAAACUUAAUAUUCAAAGUAUUGCCCAACGCUAGUCACAACUUUUUUCCAUCUUUCUGGCAAUUCACGGAUCCCUUUGCGGAAAUAAUCUACCGGUAUGUCGUCUAACCACGGAUCGAACCAAUUUUUGACUUUAUCAAACUUAGAGAAGUACUGGUCAACCAGGCCCUGUUGCAUCGAUCGAAAAAGAUAGUAAUCGGACGGAGCAAUGUCUGGAGAAUACGGCGGUGGGAUAGGACCUCUCAUUCCAGCGUUUCCAAGUAUGUUUUGAUCGGUUUCGCGACAUGCGGCCGAGCAUUGUCGUGCUGCAAAUUAACUUUAUCGUGUCUUUGCUCGUAUUGUGCCCGUUUUUCCUUCACUGCGCAUCAAUUGUCGUCAGUAGAGGUCCCCCGUAAUGGUUUCAUUCGGUUUUAGCAACUUAGUGUAUCUGCAAGUUCUUGUUGUGUUUGUAACGGAUCUUGAUCGAGUAAAGCCUCCUAUUCUUCAUCUUCAAACUUUCUUGGCGGUCCGGAACGCUCUUCAUCCUUCAAGUCAAAAUUACCACUUUUAAACCACAAGACGUGCAAACCACGUCUGACAUGUUCGCUCAGUUGGAGCAUGGUCACCAUAAACUUCCAUCAAAAUGCGAUAACUUUCCGCAGCUUUUUUCUUCAUAUUGAAGUAAUAAAGUAACACUCCCCGCAAAAACACUCUCGUUGGUACGAAAUUCGACAUAUUUGAAGUGGAAAAAAGCUAUGUUGUUUAUGCUUCAACUUUUUGACAUCUACUUAAAAAGACGUGCAAUGACAGUAGCUUUCCAACGAAUGUCUGGAAAUUUGAUUCACUGGAAUAAUAAUCAAGUUACGCCAUCUGUUGUAAACAGAAGAAACUUGCCGGUACACCUAAUAUAUUUUACACAAAUUAUAACUUUUUUGUCCAUUAUUUCUCCGUUUUGGUGCACUGUGCAAAUAUAUUUCUCACUGCAUUAGCUGCCGCUGCAACAUAUAAAAAAAAAAAAAUUAAUAAAAACAUCUUUUAUGAGAAAAGAGUUUGAGGUGUUAUUUUUGAAUUAAAAUAAAAAUCAAACAUUUGUUUAACAGUGCAUGCUUUCUCCACAUAGUCUGAAUAAUAACCUAAAACAUCGCGGAAGAAACCGAAGUCAAUUGGACCAUCCGUUUCUGAGUUAUAUUUUUUUGAAAAUUUUCAAGAAAUCUUUGCUUAGGCCCUUUUCAAAAGAAAGGCUAGAGUUAAAAUGGUAAGGCUAGAGUCAAAAUGGCGAUUUUUGGUCAUGCAGAAUGUGUCUGCAAAAUUUGAGCCAAAUCUGAAGAAUGCAAAAAUAAAAUUUAUGAAAAAAAUCGAUAUUUGCGGUGGAACAGCUCAGCAGCAUUUUUCCGUUCAAGAUUUUGCGUUUUGGUUUCUCCCCGUUACAAAUUCUAAUGAAACAAUGUGCCCUUACUGAGAAUAGAUUAUCGCAACGGAGAGAUUCGUGUUUUUGGGUUUGGUUCCCCCUUUUCGGUACAUCAAACAGAUCGUGUUGAGAAGACGCGCGGAGCAAGGAGUAGAAAACCAAGAAAAACUGAUGUCAAUUAUUAAAAUUAAACUCGUAAGCAUAGUAAAAACUUGUAAAAAAACUCCUUAAGAAGACACUCACAGAACUUUAAACUAGACUAGUGAGAAGCAAAGUGAAACUAAACUAAACUGAACUAAAAAAACAGAUACAAUGAGAAGCAUUACCGAAAUACUUAAAAUGUGAUUUUCCUGUGAAGCAAAACAGAGUUAUGAAACGUCGUUAAAAAAAAACAUUUGUACUUUUUCUCGUGUGUAACGUAAGUGUAGAAAUUUUUGAUUCUUAGCAUUUAAGAGAGAGAAGGAGAGUAUCGAUAUUCCUAUUUUCCGGCGGGGGGUUCAUCAUUUCAACGAUGUACAGCUGUAAAUAAUAUUCCGUUUUUUUCGAGCUCUCCGCCCUCCCAGAGUGUGCAUCCCACAUAGAUGGCACUGCUGGAAGGGCCGAAUUUUGGGUCCCCUGCCCGCAAAAUGCGUCUCACAGAAGGGAGCAUGAAUAUCGACCAAUCAAUUCAUAGUUUGAGGGGUUAAUAACUUGAUGGUAAGCCUUCGUGCCCCUAGGUUUCUCAUGCAAACUAUUGCCCCAGGAAAAACAUUAAAGAAUUUAUUAUAAAAAAACGCUAGGUAAGCAAUAUAUAAAGCGCGCGGGAGUUUGUUCCUCCUCCCCUUUUCUGUUUCCGAGCCGCCCGAAUCAAGCGGCUGGGAGCGGGAGCAAACUCACCGACCCCACAAAGUUCGAACCAGGACCAAUUUCGUUCAAACUCAGUGUCAAAAAUCCUCGCAAACAAAACAAAAUAAAAACCGAAGCGAAGAGUUGUACUUUUUUCCUUCAAACUUUUCGGCGUUCGCGUUCUAGGUGAUAAGCGGCGGCGGCGGCAGCAAUGUGUGAUACGCGAGAGACUGACUUUCGCGACCUUGUAAAUAGAGUCAUUUGAUGAGUAGUUACACUUCAAGCUAUGACAAUCGUAUUUCAGCCGUACUUUUGUUUGUUUUUUUGGUAUCGAUCAAUCCUUUUCGAUUGUUCUCCGCGCCUAUGGGGAUGGGCAAACUGACUGACAUGCCUCGCAAGCGACCCAAGCGCCAUCGGGAACCCAAAACCCAAAACAAGACAACUUCAAUCUCCGACAUAACCAAAAAUUGUGAUCUAAAUGUGGAUUUUCCUUGUUCCCACGAAAUGGAUAUAUGAAAAUCAGCCUCUACUGUAAAUACAUUUUCAGCGAAGAGAAAACUCGCAUAGUAGGCCGAGGAAUAAGAUACUUGUCAUUUUUUGUCGGUUUUUUUUUCUCCACACUACAUCCACUUUGGUGAAGUCUCACGAAAAAAUGAAUAAAACUAAAAUUAUAUAGUACAUAGUAGUGACAAUGUAUUCUAAGAAAUACGGUGGAAGAGCAAAUAUAGUGUAAAGAGAGAUAGGAAGCGAGAGCUAGGAUAACGGGUCCAAAUCUGUAGUGAAACACAACAAACAAACAAACAAAAAAACGAAACGGUGUGAGGGAGGAGCGGUGAAAAUAAGUUUCCUUGAUCGGAAACUCACCAUUGUAGAAGAAUAAACAAGAAGUCAAACAAAAAUCACCUUUGCUCUAGAAGUAAGUAAAGUAACUAAUUUAACCUAAAAAAAACAAGAAGAUGAUCAAACUCAUAACACGCAAUUUGAUACGGAGCGGAAAACAACUAAUGUGGUUCACACCUAUAGUUUUUUUGAUGAUGUACUUUUUUAUCGGAAUAUAGUUUCUCACGAGAACAACAGGAAGGAAGGUAUUGAAUUAGAGAGACUUUAAACUCUGAGAGUUCAUUCGUCUCUGAGAACAACAGUAGUAGAGCAACAAUUUAAAGAGCACUCCUCCAAAUAAGGUAUAUAUACAUACACUAUGAAUAAAAAGUAUCAUUUAGACAAAAAUACUUACACGAGAAACAAACAAGCAGAACAAAGAAAAAAAACCGGAUAAAUAGGAAAUGCUAGAGUUCAAGAAAACAAAACUGAAGAGGACAGUCUAUUUUUCCUAUUUCUAUAUAAGCAUAUUGACGUCAGCAGCAUUUAGUAACGAAGCAUAGAAACAAAAGACUUUCGCCCACAGAUGCUGCACGACAGAGCAUAAACGGAGUACACACUAUUUGGUUUCGGCGAGGCACAAUGUCCACGCUUAUUUGGCACGCGAAUUUCCAACCGGGCAGAGUAAAAGUGGUUUUAUUCAAAUUUAGAACAGAUAGCUAUACUAUUUUAUAGAGGGCAUCGAUGCUCCCUUUGGCCUUAUCUAAUUCACAGCUCGAUCAGCUCACUAAAAGAUCAUUUGAAGUUGAAUAGCUGAAGUAUGUUACUCCUCCACUCAGAACCUUCUUUGCGGUGCUAUCUUUUGAAAAAAAUCGCCUUUUCUAGGCUCUAAUUUCAGCAUUGGAUCAGGUACUAAUAAUCACGUCGUUUUUUCGAUGCAAACAAAUAACAUGAUACUAUAUCUAGUCACAUCGAAUAGCUAUGCAUUGUAAUUCCACAGCCGACGCUCUGCCUAAUCGAAGUGUACUCCGUAUCCGAAUCACAAUAGUUCAGAACACCCACACGCAAACCGGAAUGAACAAAACAACAAAUACAAAUACAAUCACAUUGAACUACAAAUGAUAUUUGACAAACAAACAAGAAUAACUAGAAUAUUCUAUUUGAAAACCAAUGCACAUUUGUACCACAUUUUUCCCGUCGCACUUUUUUGUAUAGGCGAAGGUCACUUUUUUGGCACAUACAAGUAUAUUACGAACACACUCCCUCACCUUUUCUUGGAUCAUUCAGAGCACGAACCCCGCUCUUCCGCAUUGGACCACACAUUGUGAUUAAUUCAGAAACUAACAAAUGAAACAAGCAACCAAGUUCAGCAAGAGGCCUGGCUCCAGCUUCAGCAGAGCGCACUUUAUGCGGGUUUCCCUUUUUCUCUCGGAUAAGACCUUUUUACCAGUCAAACAUUCCAGCCUUAGAGUUAUCGGUUACUUGUUGAGAAACUCAUUUUUAACUUAUUCUACUUGGGUAUUCUACUAUUGUUAUAAUGCAACAUUAUUUAUUACUAAACAAGGAAAACAAAACAUCAUCUAGGUGAUAUUUUUACGUAAGGUUUAAUGUUCAUCGACGUUGAUUUUCUGGCCGCGGUUGCACCUGUAAGGUGCAACACGUGACCGUCUCCACUCACUCACACUAGAAACGCCUUUUUAUAUUUAAAAAAUAAAGCAAACACUACAACACACAAACGCAAGUAAAUUUCAAAGAAUCAAAGUAUAUUUAAAGAAAAAAAAAGCAAGCGAACUAAGCUAUAUAGAGCGAGGAGAAACGAACAAAAUAAGAGAGAAAAAAAACUUAUCAAAUUUGUGCACCAGUACCUUACAUCGCUAAGUAAAUUUUUUCCUUGUUUCCCCCAUAAAAACGAUGAAAUAAACACAAAAUGAUUGUUUCACUUUCCUCCUAGUAUGCAAAUGAAAACGAACAAAGCAAAACAGAAAAAAAAAAUCAAUAAACAUUAAUAAAAAAUAGUUUUAUUUAGAGAGAGGGAAGUUUGAAAAAACGAAAAACAAAAGAAACAAAGGUUAGGGCAAAUCAAACCAAACCACGGGCGUCACUGUUGUUAUUGUUAACAACAACAACAACAACAACAACAACAACACUAAAAGCAAACAGAACAGAAGCAGGAAAGAGUGCAACUUUGCAAACAGAAUAUAGCAAACUCGAAAUCGAAACAUAAUAAAAACUACUGUCAACUUUUGAAUCUCACUA